UGUCUUACUAUGAUUGCUGAUCUUGAAGAAGGCCUGAGGGUCGAAAUGUCAUCCAAAUAAAAGGGAAAUGCAUACGGAGCCAGAGUGUGCAACACUUUUUUCCUGCUCUCAAGUCUGCUUCCAGUGAUCAGCACCUCACUACAACCCUUGAAGGACCAGAAGAUAAAUGGCAGAGAUCCACUGAUGCCCCUGAUUUUUUCUUCUAACCUAGCUGUGAAUAAAUUACAGGGGAGGUGUGAGGCGUAUGUCAGGAGGCUGUUGAAUCACUUCACAGACAGAAGAUGUUGAGGAUCACUUUAUGGCUGUUGGUGGGAGUGUGUGGGUUUGCAUCUUGCAACAACAUAUGCCCUGAUGGGAACGUCCUCUCAGAUCUCUCCACCUGCUGUAUGACUACAGAUGGAUAUCGCGCUUGUCCAUAUCCCAACGCUGUGUGCUGCUCCGACUUGGAGCACUGCUGCCCCUCAGGGUUUCAGUGUAACCUGGGUACCCAGAUGUGUGAGAAAGUAAAUCAGCCAUGGAUGAACAUACCCAUGGUGAAGAAGGAAGCUGCAGAGAAACCAAGCACCCUUCUUAUACCCGUCUCUCCCCUUCAGGAGCUCAAAAACAACCUAGACCAAAAAAAGAGUUCAGUUGUCAACUGUGACAACAACCAUAACUGUCGUGGUGGCGAAACCUGCUGCAGAUCCAUAUACGGUACCUGGUUCUGUUGCCCCUACUCCUCUGCCAUGUGUUGUGCUGAUCGCAGAAACUGUUGUCCAUAUGGCACAUUCUGUGCCCGUGACGGGAAGUGUGUGAGGCGAGGCCUGAGAUAUCCUUUCUCCCCUAUACAAGCUCUAUCUUCAGUCCCUGCCUCUCUCAUUUCAACCUCAGAGGACAAAGACAACCUGCAGGAGGAUCUCAAGAACAACCUAGACCAAAAACAGAGACCAGAUCAUCUGUGUGAACAUGGUAUCAAAUGUCGUGUUGGCCAAACCUGCUGCAGAGGCAAAGGGAAUAGGCCCUAUUUCUGUUGCCGCCACCGCUCUGCCACGUGUUGUGCUGAUCGCAAGAACUGUUGUCCAUAUGGCACAAUCUGUGACUAUGACGGGACGUGUGUGAGGCGAAGCCUGAGAUAUCCUUUCUCCCCUGAACAAGCUCUAUCUUCAGUCCCUGCCUCUCUCAUUUCCACCUCAGAGGACAAAGACAACCUGCAGGAGGAUCUCAAGAACAACCUAGACCAAAAACAGAGACCAGAUCAUCUGUGUGAACAUGGUAUCAAAUGUCAUGUUGGCCAAACCUGCUGCAGAGGCAAAGGGAAUAAUGCCUAUUUCUGUUGCCGCCACCGCUCUGCCACGUGUUGUGCUGAUCGCAAGAACUGUUGUCCAUAUGGCACAAUCUGUGACUAUGACGGGACGUGUGUGAGGCGAGGCCUGAGAUAUCCUUUUUCCCCUAUACAAGCUCUAUCUUCAGUCCCUGCCUCUCUCAUUUCAACCUCAGAGGACAAAGACAACCUGCAGGAGGAGCCCAAGAACAACCUAGACCAAAAACAGAGAUCAGAUCAUCUGUGUGAACAUGGUUACAAAUGUCUUGUUGGCGAAACCUGCUGCAGAGGCAAAGGGAAUAGGCCCUAUUUCUGUUGCCCCCUCCGCUCUGCCACGUGUUGUGCUGAUCGCAGAAACUGUUGUCCAUAUGGCACAAUCUGUGCCCGUGACGGGAAGUGUGUGAGGCGAGGCCUGAGAUAUCCUUUCUCCCCUAUACAAGCUCUAUCUUCAGUCCCUGCCUCUCUCAUUUCAACCUCAGAGGACAAAGACAACCUGCAGGAGGAGCCCAAGAACAACCUAGACCAAAAACAGAGAUCAGAUCAUCUGUGUGAAAAUGGUCACACCUGUCCUGUUGGCCAAACCUGCUGCAGAGGCAUAGGGAAUAAUGCCUAUUUCUGUUGCCCCCACCACGCUGCCAUGUGUUGUGCUGAUCGCAGAAACUGUUGUCCAUAUGGCACAUUCUGUGCCCGUGACGGGAAGUGUAUGAGGCGAGGCCUGAGAUAUCCUUUCACCCCUGAACAAGCUCUAUCUUCAGUCCCUGCCUCUCUCGUUUCAACCUCAGAGGACAAAGACAACCUGCAGGAGGAGCUCAAGAACAACCUAGACCAAAAACAGAGAUCAGAUCAUCUGUGUGAAAAUGGUCACACCUGUCCUGUUGGCCAAACCUGCUGCAGAGGCAUAGGGAAUAAUGCCUAUUUCUGUUGCCCCCACCACGCUGCCAUGUGUUGUGCUGAUCGCAGAAACUGUUGUCCAUAUGGCACAUUCUGUGCCCGUGACGGGAAGAAUAUGAGGCGAGGCCUGAGAUAUCCUUUCACCCCUAAACAAGCUCUAUCUUCAGUCCCUGCCUCUCUCAUUUCAACCUCAGAGGACAAAGACAACCUGCAGGAGGACCAGUGAUGUGCAGAUGGUCAGCACUGCUGUGAUUAUGAAUAUAUCUUUGGCCACUCCUCCUUGACAUGCAGAAGAUCUGAAGUACUUUCAGAUCCCCUCAGGAACACAAGAAGACACAAAAACAGACUGAGGAUGUGUUGCUAAUGUUUCUGCACUGUGAGCGCUUACUAACUAUGCAUUACAGCUUCAGUAGAGAAAAUGAACACAAACUGAUCAGAUUUUUUGAUUAUUCACAGACCUACAAUACAGUCUAAUGAGUAAGUAAUCUGUUUACAACCUCAAAUGAUUGUUUCCCUUAUCCAUUGUGCAUUUCAUUUUCAAAUUCAUAUUUUAUUUGUCACAUACAUAAUCAUACACAGUACAAUGUGCAAUGAAAUGCCUUAUGUACCUGUUCUGGAUCAGUUACCACAACAGUAAACAAAACAGUAAUUUGAAAGAGCGAUUCAAAUUAGACACAUGUAAACAGUACACAGAGUUCCAGAGUCCUAGUUCAGUUUCAGUCUAGUGCAAUUUCCUGCAAAAAACAAAAAAAUCAUGCCAAAUCAUGCUAAACUUUAUUCCAGCAUAAGCAUAAUAAAAAUAAUAAAAAAAAUAUGCAAAUGUGA